AUGAGGGUGAGACGGGUGGUCCGCACGGUGGGAGAAACAGGAGACCCGGGCAGUGCAAGCCGGGCAGCCUGCCCGACGAUAUCGUCGCUCUGGGUAACACGAACAGAGGAACACAAGGAUCGGGCACACGCGUGUCACGCUGCUCACGCGUCCGAUCGUAAAAUACACGGAGAGCACGUGUAUCCAUUCAGAGGGACAACUGAACGCGAGAGUGCGCCCGAAAGAACGCACGCAUUUCCCGGCUCCCGAGGCUUCCGUCUUUCAAGUAACAGAUUCAAUUUUCCAAGAAAGAAUUUUGAUGGUGCACCGAGAGAAACCAUCCAAACUUUAUGGGAAUGUGUUUCUGGCAAAAGGAUGAGCCAAGUGGCUCCAUGUUCUGUCGAUUUCUAUUGGAACAUUCACGUUUUCGUUGUACCGAGGACAUUGCCGUGAUCUUAUUGUGAAAAGAA